UUCUGAUGCAAAGACUAUUAGGUUAGGCAAAGCAGAGUCAUCAUUCAGCUGUACAUGAGGAGGAAACAACACCACCACAGAGAAUGGUGAUGAGAAAGAUAUGUCUGUGUCUUUUGCUUGGUCAUCUCCUCAUAGCUGUCGUUGGCUCUGACACUGGGCAGGAACAGUGUCUGAAAUGUGACAUCAAAAAAGAACCUCUGACAGAUUCUUGUCUAUUCUGCCCAGCCAAACCAGCACAAUGCCUCAAUGCAUCUGCAGAUAAUCAAUAUAACUGCACAAAAGACUUUCAGGUUUGUGUCAGCAGCAGUGGGUCAGCGCCAGCAGAGGGUGAUCGUGUCACUCUAACAUGUGUCCAUAACUUUCUCAAUUUGACUCUGAUGUUUGGGUGGAAGAAAGAUGAGAAGGAAAUCCCGGAAGGCCAAAAUCAAAGCGAACUGGUUCUUGAAAAAGUGUUUUCACAUAAUUCAGGCCAGUACAUCUGCUUUGUGAAAAGUGAAUAUGGCUGUUAUGAGUCUUUGCCACAUGAAUUCAAGGUAAACGAGAGCACUGUGGUGAUCCUGGUGAUCUGUGGUGUUGCCGCUUUGGUCCUGGUUGUGAUUAUGGGGCUGGCUAUGAAGUUCAAGCUGAAAAGAGACAACGCUAAACACAAAGAGAGGAUGAAACAGAGGGCACAGAUUGGACAGAGUGGUGCUCCAGCUCCAUUCACACCAAGAGGGUCUUAAAUAAGAAAAAGUCUAUCACAUUGAACAACAAUGAAUACUAAUAUUGUUUGAUAAGUUUCUGUUGUAGUUUUUUCAUAUAGAAAGAAAACCUCUUUAAUCUCUGUCUUUGAAGCUAAGAGUGUGUGGUCAGGUGAGGUUACAAGCUUAUGUACAGCCUUUUCCGGACAAGGGUGUAUCCAUUGUUUAACACAGCAUUAACGUCAACCACGCCCACUAACCAGAAAGCCUGUUCAGUUGAGGAAAAGAGCCUAGAAAUGUUUUAAUCCAGCCACAGGACAGGAGGCCUGCUCAAACUAAUCCCACUGAAUGCUCUUCUCACUGGAACGCACACUGCAGAUGAGCCACACAGAGCAGCAUUAUAGCGGCUGGCAUGUAAUGGAUAUAUGGGAUGUUAAUGGUAUCCAAACCUCUCCGAGAGAGAUGGAUUGAUGGGAUUUGAAAGUUGAUGUAUGAGCACAGAAAUAAUAAAUUCCCUGGUUCAACAACAUGAUGUAAUCCUUUGAAGUGUAUGUGUUAAACUGUAUGCAUACUGCCAGUCCUCAAGCUGCCCAGAGUGUCUUUGUUUUUCUCCAAUAUCAGCUUCCCCCCACCUCUCAGCCAUAUGGUAAAAUGUCUGAAAGUUUUUCUAUUUUUGUGUGUGAGUGUGUCAGGAAGGAGUGUUUACUCAGUUUCCUCCUAUAGCAGGUGGCUAAGGGAUAAUCCAGGUAAAGCCACUGCAAAGUGGAGAUGGAGGGAUGGACAGAGGAAGGGGGAGGGCAGAUGGGGUGGCCUUUGCAUGGAUGACCAGGGCUAAUUCUGGCCUCCUAAUCCCAGCCCCAUCCACCCUCCCCCUCUUCCUGCUUGCUAACUCCACGGCGACAGUGAGGAGCAAUUGACGCCCAGGUAGACAUUACUAUCGCAUACACACAUAGCACUUAACCCACCUAAGUUUACAGAAGAAAAAGAAGAAGAGGAAAAAGACAAGAGGCUGUUGGUACCUUUUCUGGAUAGCUAACCUGGGUGACCUGGAUAACUAACACACCUGUGUGAGCUUCACUGGAGAAUGUAGCUGCAGCCCUCCAGCCAAGCCACAGGAAACACGCCACCAUGGGAGAAGCUCAAAAGGGCUUACUCUCUGUCAUUGAGAAACUGAAGGGAUCCACAGAGCAGGAGGUCAGGAUAGUGCUUUUGGGGUUGGACAACGCCGGCAAAACCACCCUGUUGAAGAGCCUCGCCUCUGAGGAUGUAAACACCAUCACACCAACACAGGGCUUCAACAUAAAGAGUGUUGCCUCUCAUGGCAUGAAACUUAAUGUUUGGGACAUUGGAGGACAGAGGAAGAUAAGGCCUUUCUGGAAAAAGUACCUGGAAAACACAGACUUGUUGAUUUAUGUUAUUGACAGUGCAGACAAGAAGCGGUUUGAGGAGACGGGACUGGAGCUGUCCGAGCUGAUUGACGAGGAGAAUCUAAAGGGCGUUCCGGUGCUCAUCUUUGCCAAUAAGCAGGAUCUGGCCACAGCGUCACCGGCCAGUGAGAUCGCUGAGGGACUCAACCUGCAUACGUACCGGGACCGUGAGUGGCAGAUUCAGGCCUGCUCAGCUGUGUCUGGGGAGGGAGUUCAGGAUGGCAUGAACUGGAUUUGCAACAACAUUGUGAAUAAGAAGAAGUGAACCAGCGUCCCAAACAACACUGAGUCAAACAGAGAACCAUCAUCAAUUUCACUUCAUGUAAUAUCAGUACACCCACAUAUGACAGAUCCUGCUUCCCCACACAGAUUUCAAUGAUAAUUCUGUUUUUACAAUUUGUGUAAUUUUUAUGAAUAUUUUGCAAAUGUAGCUAAUUUAAAGACAUAUUUUAGCUACAAUAAGUAAAUUGGACACUUCAUAAUUCAUUCAUAAUUGUUCAGUCCUAAAAAUGUAUGUUUUUGAUCCCCUUAUUCCAAGAACCCUUGUCUGGUGAAUUUGUGUGCAUUCUGGAGAAAAAGUGUGUAGCCAUGUAGAACUGUUGGGGUUUGUCAGUUACAUAGCUCAGUGUGAGUGUAAAGGAUGUGUUUUGAGAUUUUUGACAAUAAAAUAAUUAGUCAUUUCA